AUGGAGGGCGCGGCGCAUGCCAUUGUGAGCAAUAUUGGGCAGCUGGUGGGGGAGGAGUUCCAGCAGCUCCGUGGCGUGGGCGGCGAGGUGGCUCGGCUGAGGGACGAGCUUGCCACCAUGAACGCCCUCCUCCGCAUGCAGGCUGAAGCCGAGGAGGGUGCGGUGGACCACUUUGUUCGGGAGUGGCUGAAGCAGCUGCGGGAGGUGGGCUACGACGCCCAGGACUGCGUCGAUCUCUAUCUGUUCCGCGUGAGGACCAGGUCCGGCGACCGCUUUAUCGUCCGGUGCAAGCGACAGAUUAAGACGCUUUGGUGUCGCCAUUUCCUCGCCGGUGAUAUCAGGGCCCUCCGCGCCCAUGCUGCUGCCAUCAACGAGCAACAUGCUCGUUAUGGCGUCAGCCUCACGUCACUGCGCCGUCCUCCUUCCAAUAUGCCAACGGUUCGGGCGUCGGCGCAUGUGCUCCACCAUGCCGACGACCCUGACAGGUUCGUCGGCAUCAAGGAACAGGCCAGUGGCCUGGCGGAUAAGGUGAAGGCGGCGAGUGACACCACUGAUAUCAAGGUAUUCUCCAUCGUGGGGUUCGGUGGGCUCGGAAAGACCACGCUGGUCAUGGAGGUGUGCCGGCAGCUGGAAGCCGACUUCGAGCGCCAAGCACAAGUGUCCGUGUCCCAGGUGCUCGACCUCAAGGGACUCCUCAGGGACGUGCUGCAUCAGAUCGUCAAGCUGAAAGCUGCAGAUCGUGCAGAAACUGUCGACCAGCCCCUUGCUGGCAUUGACAGCAUGGACAUUGAACAGCUCCGCACAAAUAUCCAGUCGAUUCUCACCAAGAAGAGGUACCUUAUUGUGAUCGACGAUGUUUGGACCGAAGUAGCAUGGAAUUCAAUCCGAUCCAUGUUACCAGAUAAUGACCUCGGCAGUAUAAUCAUUGUGACUACUCGGAUAGAAACUGUGGCCAAAGCAUGUAGCUGUGCUCAUGAUGAUUACAUCCAUCCUAUAGCGCCCCUCAAUGAAGAUAACUCCAAGAAGUUAUUCCUCAGAAGUACUUUUGGCUCCAUAAAUGCCUCCUGCCCCGAGGAUCUGGAAGAUUCUAUGGUAAAAGUUCUAAAAAAAUGUGGUGGACUGCCAUUGGCCAUUGUAAGCAUUGGCAGCCUUUUGGCAGGCUACAGAUCUCCUGAAAGCAAAUAUAUGUGGGAAACAGUUCUGAAAUCACUUGGUUCACAUAUAGAUAACCACCCUACCCUUGAGGGGAUGAGACGGAUAAUCACACUUAGCUACGACCACCUACCUCAUCACCUCAAGAGUUGCAUGAUGUAUCUUAGCAUAUUCCCAGAGGACUUUUUGAUUGCCAAGGAUAGGCUGUUGAGGAGAUGGAUUGCCGAAGGAUUGGUUGCUGAGAAGCGGGGGUUGACCCUAAUGGAGAUUGCAGAAGGCUACUUCAAUGAGUUGGUGAGUAGAAGCAUGAUUGAUCGGGCUGCAGAUAGAGUGACCGAUACUGAUGGGAGGGAGCAGAUGUGUCGUGUCCACGACAUGAUGCUUGAGGUCAUGGUGUCCAAAUCCCUUGAGGCUAACUUUGUAAGCCUGUUAGGUGAGGCGUACGAAGGGAUGCCGUAUGAUAGGGUUCGCCGCCUCUCCAUCCAUGGUGGAGUAGAGGCAUCCAGCAAAAUGGCAGAGGAUCAUGGAAGGAAAAAUAAAAUCAAAGGGAUGAAUGUAAAACAUGUCCGAUCACUUAGUAUGUUUGCACUUGAUGGGCACAAGUUGCUUAAUCAGCUAGAUGAGUUCACCUUGCUGAGGGUACUUGAUCUGGAAAAGUGCACGGGCCUAGGAAAAAGGCAAAUGGAUGAUAUCUGCAGAAUGUACCUUCUAAGGUUCUUGAAUUUGAAAGGAACAGAUGUCAGUGUGGUUCCUUCCAAAAUUGAUCAGCUAGAGCAUUUGCAGACACUUGAUGUACGUGCCACACGCCUUGAAGAUCUACCAAAAACUGUGACAAAUCUGGAGAAACUUGAGAGCCUGCUGUACUCCAACAAGGAUAGAUACUGGGAUUUCCAUUGGGAAGCGCCAAAGGGCCUAAGAAAAAUGAAGGCUCUACGGAAGGUGAAUAAUUUGACCGUCAGAUCCAACAUUGAUGUUAUUGAGGAGAUCGGCGAGCUAGAACAAUUGCAAGAAUUAGAUAUCUCUGUUAUACCAGAGAUUGAUGAGGCUCAUCAGGACAAGCUUGACGAGUCACUGAGUAGGUUAUACUCCCUCCGAUGCCUUAACCUUCAAAUUGUUACUAAUACAGAGUGGAAGAAGAACUUUCUGCAGAACCUCAAGUCAACGCCACCACGGCUCCUGAGAUACGUUAGGUUGUGUGGUACCCUCCAAGGAAAGACAGGUGUCCUUGGUGUACCUACGUUGACUGACUGGGUUAGUAAACUGACUAAUCUUGUUGAGUUUGCCAUAGCUUGGGCACAUCUUCGUGGUGACACCCUAUUCGACGUCCUGUCUAAGCUGCCCAACCUGAAGACCCUGACCCUCGAGAUAAGCUUCCAUUCUGAAAAGAAGAUAGUUGCACGCACUAGCCAUAAAUUUCCGGCGCUGACGGAACUGAGAAUGGACGGUGUUCGUAGUGUUCCUGAAGUUUACGAAUUUGAGAAAGGAUGCAUGCAAAAUCUGGAGACCAUUUUUCUUUCUUUCGGUUGCUACAAGCAGAGAAUUGUCGGAAUCGAGCACUUGACCAACCUUAAAGAGGUGCAGCUCACCGGUACGAAAGAAAACCAAACAAUGGUGGAUACAUUGAAGGAGCUAGAGGAAGAGAAUGCCAGGCGUGAGCGCAAUGGUUCCAACCUGUUGAGAGUGAAAGUGAGAUAUGAGUGAUGAAGACCCUGCCUAGCUACCUGCCGCAGGAUCGUGUCCUUGAAUUUGUUUGUUUGGUUAGUUGUUUCACUAGAGUUAUUCAAAACUUUUCGU